GCUUCCGGUACCAGUCUUUCGGCGAACUUGUUGAUACAGAAAUAUCCUUGAAUGUAAGUGACCCUCGUGCUGUGACCGUUGCGUUGUUGCUUUACGGUUCACAGAGAUCCUUUGAACUGGCGUCAAGAUGGGCUUUCUAUUGUCUAAAUCCAUGGAUGCUAACUUUCACAAGCAGCAGGAGUUCAUGCUUCAUAAUUCUCGGCUGCAGUUGGAGCGUCAGAUCAUGAUGCAGAACCAGAUGAGGGAGAGGCAGAUGGCCAUGCAGAUCGCCUGGUCCAGAGAGUUUCUCAAAUACUUUGGCUCCUUCUUCGCACUGGCUUCAGUGGGACUCACAGCGGGUGCCUUUAAAAGAAGGAAACCCACCCUGUUGGCUCCCAUCAUCCCCCUGGGCUUCAUAUUUGCUUACCAGAUGGACAGCGCCUACGGGACCCUGCUCCAUCGCAUGAGAGGGGAAGCUGAGAGUAUCAUGGAAUCAGAGCGGGACCGCCUGAACUUACCGCAGGGUCUCCCCACCUUUGAGAGCAUCGAGAAGGCCCGCCGCGCUAAAAGCGGCCUCAUGUCCAUCCUGGAGAAGUGAUGCAACUGCGGCAACGCAACCAGAAACCGUCCAGCCGUGAGAACGACCUUCAUUUCUAUAAACGCCUUCUUUUGUGGACGUUGUUGGUCAUUGCAUCGUGGAUCUGGAAUGAUCCAGUAACAGUUUAGAUCAGAACAAUGACUUUUUUUUUACUAUUCUGUUCUUUGCUUUUCCAGAGUAUAAACCCAAAUGAGUUGGUUACUUUGUUAUAUCAUAUUUAUAAAUGAGACUGUACAUAUGAUAACAAAUGCUGCUCUGAAACAUGCAAUUUUCAUCCACUAGAGGGCAAAAAAAGAAUCGCCUGAACACACAAAACAACUGCUAACACCUUCAUUAUAUACAGAAAAUGUGAGAUUACAUCAAACAUCCAGUUAUAAUUUUACCAGUUCAAAGUUAAAUAUUAAAAUUACAGAAAAAAUCUUACAAUUCAUCUGCUGGAAGCAUUAAUACCAAAGUCAUUGUCUCUGUGAUGAAUUCAUAACUGUAGUAUUUGAGGAAUGUAAGCUUUUCUAAUGAAUUUUUAUUUAUGCAUCCUGUUAGAUUGAAUUGUGUUUUGAAUAAAAGAAUUUGAACUUUCUGGUGUUGA